AAUCUGCUCCAAAAUGGCAGCCAAAUUUUCGAGGUUUCACGAGAAUCGUUCUUACGAGAGUGCAGGUGCUGAUCUAUCUCAUUUUGAUGAUGAUGAACCAACUGUGGAAAAGGCGACCUUGGAUGCACACAUCACUGAGGAAAAUAUUGGAUAUCAGAUGGCUUUGCGACUUGGUUGGAUCAGUGGAUCUGGACUUGGGAAGAAGAAACAAGGUCGCACAGAACCAAUACCUCUUGUCAUGAAGGAGGAUUCUUUAUGUAUCGGCCGUCUUACUCUUGAGUUUGAGCAAGCGGAUGAAGCUACUCGUAACAGGAAAGUUUUGGAGAUUGAGAAAGAAGAUAAUGAAGAACUGCAGCAAAAAUAUCAGAAUGAGCAAGAGAAGGAAAAAGCAAUCGAGGAGAGCUUGAAAGAUCUAAAAGAGAUGUUCUAUUGUGAACUUUGUGACAAACAGUAUUUUAAAUACAAGGAAUAUGAUAACCAUAUCAACUCUUAUGACCAUGCACACCGCCAGCGACUCAGGGAACUUAGGCAAAGAGAAUCAACAAGAAAUAUUUUUGCAAAGAAGAAAAAAGAACAGAAACAGAUGGAAAAGGAACUGAUGAGGCUCCACCUUAUUUCUGGAAAGAACACUGAAUCAAGCAGUGGCAAUGGAGGAUUUAAGUCAGUGUUCAAGUCUUCAUCUACUGGUCCAAACAGCACAUUGGGUUUUAAGCCAAUCUCAGCACAUAAGAGCUUUCAAGCAGUCCCACCUCCAAAACCCUUUGAAUUUGCACCUCCUCUUCCAACUGAGCCUGCUCCACCCCUCCCUGAUGAACUAGUCCCUCCACCUCCACCACCACCUUUAGCACCAUUAGAUCAACAAGCUAAGAAGCCUUUUAGCUUCAAAAUGGGUUCAUCUUCUGAGGAGCAAGGUCAGCCCCAGAGACCUAUUGGUAUAUCUACUGCAAAGCAGGGUCUUUCUUUCAGUCUUGGGAAAAAAAAAUGUGCAAAUGUUAUACAGUUUGGCUUGAAAUCUAAACCUACCAAGACUACUGCUGCUGCUGCAUUUGCUGAAUCAAGUAGUGAAGAGGAGGAAGAGGAAGACAUAACAGAGGAAGAAACAAGAACAUCAUUUGAGAAUGAGGAACUUUCUUCCACACCAACACAACAACAGGAUACCCUUGAAAAAGUAAUAGAGUAUGCUGAUACUUUGAGAUUGAAGGAGGCUCUUAGGCCAAAACUGUUGAUAAGGUUUGUGAAAGGGACAGAACAGGGUGGAGUGCUUCCUGGAACUUUACCAACUUCAGCUGAUGAAGGAAACACUACAUACAAGUCCCAGGAACUCCAGAGAAAAUUCACUGAGAGGAAGGAGGUGAAAAGUCAAAAUGAGAGAGUUAACACCAAAGAUUCAGGAAACAGGGGAGACAACUUGAAGGAUGGAAGAACUAGCAGUUAUCAAAGAGAUAGGAUGAAAGAUUACAAACAUGGGAAGAAUUCUAGUGAUCAGAGAGAGGAUUUAGAAAGGACACAUAACCGAAGGGAGGAAAAGUAUAGGUACAAUCGAUCAAAAGAUUGUGAUGAAAAGAGAGAGUAUAGGAAACAAGAAAAGAAUUCCAGGGAUAGAGAAAGUAAGAAUGAUAAGUAUGACCACAAGGAAUUUCGAGACGCAGAACACUCCAAAUAUGGAAGAAAAACAUCAAAUAUAAAAGAGGAAUGUAAUGAAGGAAAAAGAAGAUAAAGAGAGAAUUUGGAAGCUACAUAACUUGGCAAAAUAAAGAACUAUUGUAAAUUGAAUAGCAAGCAACAGCUGUAUUACUCCAAUUAACACUUGUUUCCAAUAGCUAUAAUAAUUACAAUGAUUCUUGAAGGACAAGAUACAUGUAAGUUUUCUUUGAAACUGGAAAAAUAUAUUUAGUCUUGGUAGGUGAUUUUUUCUGGAUGUGUAUGUUAGUGUCUAAAUACUACUUCUUAUCAAACAAUUUUAAAUAACCUUUGAGGCCCUCUCAAUGAACACUCUUUCAAGUUGAAAGCUCUUCUUACAAUUUUUAAUUCAACGUGACAAAAUACCAUUUCUUACCAAUUUGUUAUAAGAACUUUGUCUUCCUCUUCGAGGACUCAAGAUUUUUUUACUUUUCUAAGGGUGCCAGAGAUAGGGGUGUUAAUUGUAGCAUUUAAUGUUUAAAAUGAUUAAAGCAGACAAGGGUUUUAAUGAGCCCCAAUAAAAUUCAUGAGUAGAACUACA